AUGCUCCGCGCUGGAAGGAUGGAGGAGUUUGUCACGGAGGAAGAGGAGCCGUGGUACGACCAGAGGGACCUGGAGCAAGACCUGCACUUGGCUGCAGAGCUAGGCAAGACUCUCCUGGAACGAAACAAAGAGCUGGAGGACUCCCUGCAGCAGAUGUACAUCAACAAUGAGGAGCAGGUGCAGGAGAUAGAGUACCUGUCCAAGCAGCUGGAAAUGCUGAGGGAGAUGAACGAGCAGCAUGCAAAGGUGUACGAGCAGCUGGACGUGACUGCCAGAGAGCUGGAAAUCACCAACGAGAAGCUGGUGCUGGAGAGCAAAGCCUCGCAGCAGAAAAUAGACAGGUUGACUGGCACCAUGGAGACGUUGCACGGUCAGGUGGACAGUCUCACGACUCGGGUCGAGGAGCUCAGGACUCUGGAGGAGCUGAGGGUCCACAGGGAGAAGAAGGAACGCCGCAAGACCGUCCACUCCUUCCCCUGCCUCAAGGAGCUCUGCACUGCACCCAGGUAUGAGGAUGGUUUCCUGCUGGCCAAUCCAGGUAGCGUAGACCUGGCUGAGAGACGGCCACUGGAUGAGGAAAACGACCGGCUGAGAGACAUCGUGUCGUCCCUGCACUCGGCCAUGGCCACAGAGCGGUCGAAGCGGGAGAGCGCCGAGCGGGAGUGCGCCACAGUGCUGCAGGAGUUUGAACGUCUGGAGCAGCGUCUCUUAGGUGCCGAGGGCUGCCAGCUGCGGGUUCAGGAGCUGGAGGCUGAGCUCCAGGAGAUGCAGCAGCUCAGGAAGUCCAGGAUGUGUCUGAUCGGAGACAUGGAAGACGGCCUGGAGACGCUGCUCAGUAACGGCCCCGAGACGGACACCCCGGAGGAGGCGGUGGGGCUGGAGGAGGGAGGUGAAGGAGGAGAGGGGACGGGGCAGCAGGGAGGCCCGGUGAGGAAAAGCUGCAGCGACACGGCCCUGAACGCCAUCUCAGCUCGGGACGCCUCGGGCAGACGGCAGGGCAGCUACGCCCUCCAUGCCAACGGCGUUCGCAAGCGGGGCAUGUCCAUCCUGCGGGAGGUGGACGAGCAGUACCACGCCCUGCUGGAGAAGUACGAGGAGCUGCUGGGGAAGUGCCGGCGCCACGAGGAGAGUCUGUGCCACGCCGGGGUACAGACCUCGCGGCCCGUCUCCAGAGACCCCUCCAUGAAGGAGUACUGCAUGGCCUCAGCAGGGCCUUCGACAUCCGGGGCCGCCCUGGAGGGGAUCAGCAGGCAGGUGGAGCAGGUGGACAAGCGGCUGAGCCAGAACACGCCGGAGUACAAGGCUCUGUUCAAGGAAAUCUUCUCUCGGCUGCAGAAGACCAAGAGCGACAUGAACUCCACCAAGAGCAGAAAGACUCACAAGUGAUCAUCAUAACGGGUACUGAUGCUGCACACACUGGAAACGGCCACACAGGACUGAUUUAUCUUAAUUUACCUCACUGUUUUUCAAAGCUUCUUAUUUAACUCUUGGCUCGUCUUAACUUUAAGGGUGGACGCCUGUAGUCAUGCAGCUGGUGGUGGAUGCCUCUUUUUGCCCUCUUGGAAGGAAGCUGUGGGCGGAAUAACUGCCAAAUGUUUCACCACACAGGGGAAAGAUGUUGUUGAUGAAAUGCCUUUUCUGAGUGACUGUAACCGAUGAAUAAUCAGAGCGGAAGGUUUAGUCGUCAUGUAGUGUUUGUAACUGAGACGUACCGAUGCAGGAAUUAACCGUCGUUUAUUUUGUAUUUAUGCGAAAACGCUGAUUUAGCCAAAUAAGUAAUCUUAAAAGAAAAAAACAAAAAAAAAUAAAACAGCAAAUCUUUCAUUGGCUUUGGAACUGAAAGCAUUUAAAGCAUGUAUCUGUCGAAUAACACUAAAUGCAAAAUGUAUCUUUAAAAGCGAGUUCUGAGCAGCGUGAGGUGGUAUUUAGGCUGGGGUUUUUUUUGUUGUUGUUCUUUUAAUUCACUGGAUGGAACAAAUCCUUCAAGACAGCUGCUGAAGUUUACUGUAUGUAAGUGUUAGAUGAUAUGUGUGUCACGUGGUUACGCUGGUCACUAACGAAUGGGUGCCGAUGUUUCAGUGGUACAGGGUGCGUUUGAGGCCCUGUGGGGCUGAAAGAUCUGCAUUUUUGUUUCAGGGACUUGUUGGAUCAUUUCCUACAUGAUAAAAUAAGCAGUUUCUACACUGUGGUGUCACGUUGUCAACGUUGUUCUUGUAGUAGGUUAUUUAAAUGCUUUCUGUUGAUUAAAAUAACAAAUGUACUGAC